AGCUUUCUGUGGGAAGCACAUCUUGAAUUCCAAAUGUGUUUGAAAAUCGUGCCUGUAGUUUUCAUGUUACACAUGUUAAUGAAUGAUAAACAGAGGAAGCUUUAUAUGUAAACUAAACAGCAUGGCCUGCUGAACACCACCGAUUUUGUUUCCUCCAUACGUCCAGAUAUUUUUAAUAAGGCUUUUCUGAAAUCUUUUUCUGGCAACCACCCUAGGUCCUAGCAGAGGGACUACACAAGAGUGAGAGUUAUGGCACUGUACAGACUUUUCUGUUAGAGAACCUUGUUGCAUGAAUGCUGAACAUUUAUUUGCUGUGGCUGGGGAUAAUAGCUGGCAAGGGAGACAAUUCCAAGGGAAGAUGGGCUCAAAUGCUGAAAUUUUGCUUAAAUUAAAGUCUGUAUUUUCAAACUCAGAUGGACUAUGAGUGAUUAGGAGAAAGCCUUCUGUUUCAGUGCAGUAAAAACAUCAUCCUUUUGACAUGAUGACUUCUGCUGCUCGUUGUCUUCAGACUCAAAGCUUUGUGGUUUUGGGAUCUGUGGAUUGAAUGAGGUACUUUUCCGCAAAUCUGGGGAUUUCAUAAAAACUCAUCUUUAGCAAGUAAAGCAUUGCUACUUUUUUAUGGUAACAAUGGAAGAGUUUGCCCAUGAUUUAUUAUUGUUUCCUGUGUGCCGUUUAUCCUUAAAUUGGUAUAAGGAAUUUAGUGAUAAAAAUUCAUUUGUUUCCCGUCACUGUGUGGGCUGUUCCAGGAAAAGAUCUAGCAGCUUUGUCUCUGCUAUCUCUUACUGAGUAUUAAGUUGAUAAAAGAUACUGAACCAUGUGUGAACCAGGAGAGGGUUUUACUAGGAACUUAAGGUUAUGUUUUAUUGCUUAUAUUCUCUUAUGAUGUGUAUGUUGUUAUAUUAAUGUGUGGUUUCACUCGUGCCAGAUUGUAGAUAUCGGAGUUUGGAAGGUUUUGUCAAUUUUUUUUCUUUUGAUUUCUCUCUGUCUCCACAUAUGUAUGCACACACACAGAGGUUAAAUUAACAUUUGAUUAGAGACUCCACUUUUCUUAGUUACUAUUUGCAGCCUUAUUAUGUAAUUUUGGUGUGUGCUGAAAUGUUAUUAAUACCUGAGGAAAUAAAAGAGAAUUCCCCUUCAAGUCCCCAAGUGAAAUCAGUGAGUGCUUGUGCUCCUGACCACCAGGCUCAGCUAUUUCCUGCAUGCGGCAGUAGUGAAUCUGCAGAAAUUCCCAGGGCAGAAGUGAAGCCAAGAGCCUGCUCCACCUAUGAUAAGCCCUGCCCCUGAAAAAAAGACUCGGCUGGGAUCAUUUUCUGACUAUGCAAGUAAGACCUGAAGUGGCAGGAGGAAACACAUGGUGUCUAAGACAGCAGAUAAACACGUCAUAAGACAAGGAAGAGCAGCCCAGUGAAGAUGGACACCAAGUCAGAAGAGCCACAGUGCUUCUUAGCAGUCCCCAAGAGCACUGACAUGCAGUUUUCCUACGGAGGAAGGUGCAGAUGCCCUGCCCGGAGUCCUACAAGUGCAGCCAUUGCUGACAUUUUGGACAGAAGUGAUGAGAAAAGUGCUUUCCAGGCUGUGGUUCAGCUCCCAGUAACUUGGCUGGGAUUUUACUGGUGGCAAAGGGACACUGUCUCAGGUUUGGUGUUGGCCCUAGAAAGAAAGAAGACGGAAAAGGAAGCUGUUAUAAAUCAGCCAUACAACAGAGAGCAGCUCAGUUUUCUUCUGAAGAAUUACAACUCUUACUAUUCAGAUCAAGAGAAUCUGCAACUGACAUAUAGUCAGCGAGAAGGAAGCACACCAUUCAUUGAAGGGAUCCUCUCAAUAUUCUGGGGAGUGCGACAUCCCAUCCGAUUGAAAAUUCAGGAUGAGAAGCAGAUACCCUCUUUUGUGACCCUGAAGUCAACAGAAAAUGUGGAUUUUUUCCCUAGUAAAAGGGGGAUGACUCGCUGGGGAGAAUUUGAUGACCUCCAUCACAUUAGCGGGGAUACACUGAAGUCCACUGAGGAACAGCCAGACCUCGAGCAAAGUUAUCCAUGCUAUGAAAGUCACACACUGAAGUCCAGGAGGGAGCAGGAGCUCGACUGUGCCACCCUGCCCCGGACCAGCAGCGAUGCCGCGGUCGUGCGCAAGAGGGUCAAGCUCCCCACGAUAUCCAGGGCAGAAGUAGAAACUCACAGGUUCUCAAUCAAUGGCCACUUCUACAACUACGAGACAUCAAUUUUCACUCCGGCUUUUGGAUCAGAAACCAAAAUAAGAAUCAACAGCCAGAUGAGAACCAGACAAGUGAUAGAGCAGUUGCUUCGUAAGUUUAAGAUAGAAAACAGCCCCCAUGAAUUUGCACUUUAUGUUAUCCGUGCAUCUGGAGAAAAGAAGCAGCUGAGGGAUGGAGAUGUUCCCUUGCUGCACAGGCUGCUGGAGGGGCCCUCUGAGAGGAUUGCCAAGUUCUUUCUCAUGGAUGGGGUCGUGGAGGAGAUCAGCAGUGAUGUUGCUCAGUACAUUUCAUUUCAUCUUCCCUUUUUGGAGUCGAUUCUGCACAGAAUAAAUGAAGAGGAGAAGCAGGAGAUUCAACAGACAAAGUCAAGGUACCUAAGAGAGAAGAACCUGAUACGGCAACAGCUUCGCAGUCGAAGUGCUAAAAAAACAGAGACUACGGUCUGAUGGGAUGGCCCCUUGGAUCCCCCCGGGAACGGCCCCUCGGGAAGGCCCGGGCUGCCGAAGGGCAUCCUUGCUGUGCUUCCCGGGGGCCAGGACUGAGCAGUGCUUCAGCCUCGCAGAGGGCACGGUGGGGAAGGAGCAGCUUCAACCGCCCCCGCUCCUGCAGCGCUGGGGCACGGGCUGCAAUCCCCUGAGGAGAUGCACUGCCUCACCAGAACAGCGCAUGCCGCAUCUGACUUGGAACUUGGGCAAAAAAAUCCCCUGAAAAGCCCGAGGCUUGAAAUCCUGCUGAUGUACGACCUGGUACCGAGAGGCUGGCGCAGAAAAACACUGCAAUAUCCUAUGUGCUGAUAGAUAAUGUGCAAAUUAGGAGUUAUGCUCUGUUAGAAAAAUGUUGUAUUGUAAAGCAGAAAGCUUUUCAGUAGAGCCAAGUGGCAGAAGAUAUUUAUGUAUUUAAGAUUGCAGGUGGAAUUUUCACUUAAGUUAUAAAGUAUCCAUGCAAGAUGCCUGAAAUCCACUGGCUGCAGGCUGGUGGAUGCUGAAACUGCUUAAGCUCUGAGCUACUGUUAGGAAAAUAUAACUGGAAACCCUCCCACUUAGGAGCUGCUCAGCUCUUAGCAAUGUCAGGGAAUUUAUCAGUGAAAUACCUCGAGAACUGUAAAUAAGAACCGACCAAACAUUCUGGCUCCUGAAAGGCAUCGCAGUGGUUUUUGUAGUUGGAAGAAAUGAUUGUGCGUUUUCCCGUGUUUUCUGUUUGACAGGGAACUGAGAAGUGCUCGGUGAGAGGCUGCAGGGUCAGGCUCAUGGCCUCCCCAGGGAUGCAGUUUGGGUCCAGCCCAGCCCCACCAGGGCACAGCAGCCAAGUGCCAGGUCCUUUCUGGCCGAGUUGUGUUCCGUGUUAGGUUAUAGACGUGUAAAUACAAUAAAUCUGUGCGCAGUUCAUUGU